CCAUGUCAAGAACAAAGAAAUGCAUGAUCAUAUUCUUGAUUAUCAUUUUGGUUUUAGUUCUUCUUUCAUUGUUAAUCGUCUGGCUCAUCACCAUGGCUAACAAGAUCAAAUUCCAUGUGAUCGACGCCGACCUCACCCAAUUCAACUUCACCGACGACAAGCAACUCCUGUUUGACCUGACCGUGAACAUGAAAGUCAAAAACCCUAAUCGUGCGUUCGGAGUUUUUUUCGACCGAAUCGAAGUGACCGUGUUGUAUCAAGACAUAAAGUUUAGUAACGCGUCGCUGUCGCCUUUCUACCAAGCCCAAGAUGGUUCGAAGCUGCUGAAAUUGAAGUUUGAUGGUCAGCAAUUGAUGAACCUCAACGCUGAGCAGCUGGCUGUGUUUGGUCUGGAGAAGCUUGUUGAGACCUUCACCCUUAAGUUGGAGCUUCGCCUUCAGAUAAGAGUGAAUAUUGAUCUCAUUAAGAUCAAACUCAAGCCCAAGGUGCGUUGUGGCCUUAAUCUUCCCUUGAUUUCUCGUGGAAGAACGUUUCUACGGUUUCAGAUUAUCGGCUGCCAUGUCGCUUAUUGA